AUGAUGAGCCCAGUAACUGAUGGCGCUAAAGUAAUGACUGGGGAAAGAACAGGUGUGGCUGCCCGACUGAAGCAAAUCAACAGCAAGCUUAUUAAUGUGCACUGUGUCUGUCACAGACUGGCCCUUGCUUGUGCUGGUGCGAGUGAUGAGACAAAAUACAUCACACAAGUUGAAGGAUUCAUUUUGCAACUCUGGAAGUUUUUUGCUAAAUCGCCUAAGCAGACUGCUCUUUUGGUAAAAGCACAAGAGUCGUGGCGCAAGAUGAAGCUAUUGGAAAAAGCAAGGUCUGUUGUGGCGAAAAAGGUGCGAAAAGCUUGCAGAACAUGUUGGCUGUCAACAAGCAAUGCUGUAGAUGGAGUGUAUGAAGAUUUUGUUCCUAUCAUACAGGCUAUCAAUCUCUGCUGUCCUAAAUGA